AUGGCCUCCUGCCAGUUGCAAAAGCCCGCUGAACAAACCUGCAACCAGAAAAGCCAUGAGCACACAUCUGACCAGAAAAAAACUGAGAUGACUCAUUGGGUAUAUAAAUCAAGCAGCGAAUAUAAACAACCCCAAGGGCACCAGGGACAAGAAGCUGGCCACACUGUGGUGGCAUGCCAGACCCAGCGCAGUGGCCAAACAUAUGCUCACCACCCAGACCAAGGGAUUCCUAAAGCGCAGACUCACUGCAAUGGGAAUACCCAUGUGGCCCAGGCUCAAUCUCACUGCAAAGGCCAAGCACAAGGCCACCAUGUUAAGAAACAGGCGGCUCAUAAUGUGAAUUGCCAUGGGAAGAAAGAAAAGUCCUUGAAAGAAAAGAUUUCUGAGAAGAAGAACAAAGUGAAGGGCCUUUUCAAGAAAAAGAACAAGGAUUACAGAUGUGGUGAAAAAAAAAGCUCCAGCAGCAGCAGCAGCAGCAGUGACAGUGAGAGUGACAAUGAUGACUGUCGUAAAAAGGCAAGUCCAAUGAAAUGA